AUGGUGCCUCCUGCCACUUGUGCUGCUGCCUACCACCUCCAUAUGGGAACAGUGCCUACUGCACCCCCCCAGAACGUGCAGGCAGAAGCUGUGAAUUCCACCACCGUGCACUUCCUGUGGAACCCGCCACCCCAGCAGUUCAUCAAUGGCAUCAACCAGGGAUACAAGCUUCUGGCUUGGCCAGCAGAUGCCCCUGAGACUGUCACUGUAGUCACUAUUGCUCCUGACUUCCAUGGAAUCCACCACGGGUACAUAACGAACUUGAAGAAGUUCACGGCCUACUUCACAUCAGUCCUGUGUUUUACCACCCCGGGGGAUGGACCUCCAAGCACGCCUCAGCUUGUAUGGACCCACGAGGACAAACCCGGAGCUGUGGGGCACCUGAGCUUCACGGAGAUUCUGGACACCUCUCUCAAGGUCAGCUGGCAGGAGCCCCUGGAGAGAAAUGGCAUCAUUAUGGGCUAUCAGAUUUCCUGGGAGGUGUACGGGAAGAACGACUCCCGGCUCACACAUACUCUCAACAGCACAACCCACGAGUACAAGAUCCAGGGACUGUCAUCUCUCACCACCUACACCAUCGACGUGGCUGCUGUGACCGCAGCAGGUGUGGGCCAGACCACAUCGUCCACCAUCUCUUCAGGAGUACCCCCAGACCUUCCUGGGGCUCCAUCCAACCUGGUCAUUUCCAACAUCAGCCCUCGCUCAGCCACACUCCAGUUCCGACCCGGCUAUGAUGGGAAGACAGCCAUCUGCAGGUGGAUUGUGGAGGGGCAGGUCGGCGCCAUUGGAGAUGAGGAGGAAUGGGUCACCCUCUAUGAGGAAGAGAACGAGCCUGAUGCCCAGAUGCUGGAGAUUCCAAACCUCACACCCUACACACACUACAGGUUUCGAAUGAGGCAAGUGAACAUCGUGGGUCCCAGCCCCUUCAGCCAGUCAUCCCGGGUCAUCCAGACCCUGCAGGCCCCACCUGAUGUGGCUCCAACCAGCAUCACUGUCCGAACAGCCAGUGAGACCAGCCUGCGGCUACGCUGGGUGCCUCUGCCUGAUUCCCAGUACAAUGGGAACCCUGAGUCUGUGGGCUAUCGGGUAAAGUACUGGCGUUCAGACCAACCAUCCUCAGCACUGGCCCAAGUUGUCAAUGACCGGCUGGAGAGGGAGCUGACCAUCGAGGAGCUGGAGGAGUGGACAGAGUAUGAACUGCGGAUGCAGGCCUUCAACGCCAUUGGGGCUGGACCCUGGAGUGAGCUGGUGCGGGGUCGCACACGGGAGUCAGUCCCUUCAGCUGCUCCUGAAAAUGUGUCUGCAGAGGCUGUGAGCUCCACCCAGAUCCUACUGACCUGGGCUUCAGUCCCUGAACAGGACCAGAACGGGCUUAUCCUGGGCUACAAGAUUUUAUACUGUGCCAAAGACCUGGAUCCAGAGCCCAGAAGCCACGUGGUGCGAGGGAACCACACACAGUCUGCGCUGCUGGCUGGCCUGCGCAAGUUCGUGGUGUAUGAGCUCCAGGUGCUGGCCUUCACUCGUAUUGGGAAUGGGGUUCCUAGCUCCCCGCUCAUCCUGGAGCGUACCAAAGAUGACAAUCCUGUCCCCCCCGUUCGGCUGGUGUUCCCUGAAGUGAGGCUCACUGCAGUUCGGAUUGUGUGGCAGCCCCCCGAGGAGCCCAAUGGUGUGAUUCUGGGGUACCAGAUUGCCUACCGCCUGGCCAGCGGCAGUCCCCACACCUUCACCACUGUUGAGGUGGGUGCCACAGUGCGACAGUUCACAGCCACAGAGCUGGCCCCAGAAUCUGCAUACAUCUUCAGGCUGUCUGCUAAGACCAGACAAGGCUGGGGCGAGCCCCUGGAGGCCACAGUCAUCACCACCGAGAAGAGAGAGGCCAGCGCCCCCAGAGAGCUCCUGGUACCCCAGACAGAAGUGACAGCACGUAGCCUCAGGCUCCAGUGGGUCCCUGGCAGUGAUGGGGCCUCCCCCAUCCGGUACUUCACCGUGCAGGUGCGAGAGCUACCUGGUGGAGAGUGGCAGACCUACUCCUCAUCUAUCAGCCACGAGGCCACAGCUUGUGCCGUGGAAAGGCUGAGGCCUUUCACCUCCUACAAGCUACGCCUGAAGGCCACCAACGAUAUCGGGGACAGUGACUUCAGUGCAGAAACAGAGGCCGUGACCACACUGCAAGAUGUGCCAGGAGAGCCUCCAGGGUCUGUCUCAGCCACACCUCACACCACGUCCUCGGUUCUGAUCCAGUGGCAG